AUGUUCCAACAACCAAAACAAAGUCAAAGCCAGUGCCAACAAAACAAAGUCAAAGCCAGUGCCAACAAAAGCAAAGUCAAAGCCAGUGCCAACAAAAGCAAAGUCAAAGCCAGUGCCAACAAAAACAAAGUCAAAGCCAGUGCCAACAAAAACAAAGUCAAAGCCAGUGCCAACAAAAACAAAGUCAAAGCCAGUGCCAACAAAAACAAAGUCAAAGCCAGUGCCAACAAAAACAAAGUCAAAGCCAGUGCCAACAAAAACAAAGUCAAAGCCAGUGCAACAAAAACAAAGUCAAAGCCAGUGCCAACAAAAACAAAGUCAAAGCCAGUGCCAACAAGAACAAAGUCAAAGCCAGUGCCAACAAAAACAAAGUCAAAGCCAGUGCCAACAAAAACAAAGUCAAAGCCAGUGCCAACAAAAACAAAGUCAAAGCCAGUGCCAACUACAACGGUCCAUCGUCGGCCAAAACCCUUGCCAACCACAAAGCCAAUGCAAUUAUCAUCCAUAAACUUUAAAAAUCGAGGCCACUGCCAACAGGAGCAAAACGGAGACCACUACACACAAAGCUACAAACAUCAAAACCAAAACCAAGGUCGACAAAGGAGCCCAAACAACAGGAACAGUGACAACAACAACAACAUGUGGGAUCGAGCCAGGGACACCCAGCUCUCCCUCGGGAUUUCAAUAUUACCAGUUUACAGUUUACAAAAUCAAUGA